CGCGGAGAACGAAGGGAUAUGAAAGAAGCAGCUAGCUUACACUUGUUAGCUCAGUUAGUAUAACAACACUGCAUAUUGAUAAGCUGUAUGCUGCAACAAGACAGCAAUAAAAUGUCAAUUAACGGUAAUGACACCGUUGGAAAUACUUAUAUUAUUAACUUACCGGUACAUGCGUUUUGACAAUGUUACAAAGAAAAUCAACCCAGGAGCCGAUUGCUAACAACAAACGUUAGCAAGUUUGUGAAGGAAUCGCUUGGAAUGGAUGCAAAGUUUAUACUGAGCACCUAAGGCUACACUGCUACCAUGUAUUCAAGUGGUAACAAGCCCAAGAAGUCCGGCUGUGACAACGGCAGCAUCACUGGGUUGCUCAGCGACCUGUGUUCCUGCAGCCUGAUUGGAGUGUCGUGGAAGCGGCGAGCCCUGGGAGUUUCCAGAGAAAGCUUCCACCGAGUUCUCAAGAAGCGUGCCUACGGUGCCUUGCUGUCGAAACUCUUCCAAGAUGGCCCCAAAGGGCCUGCCUCUGGACAGAGUGCCACAGCCAAUAUCCCACCCAGAAACAAAGUCCUGAUGAUGAGUUUCGACCUACGGGUGGCGGGGUGCCGAGAGGAAGCGGAGAGAUUGGAGGAUCAGCUCGGGAGGCUGCCUGAAGGUGCAUCCUCCUCUGGUUUGAGUGAAGUGGACGCCGUACUCGAGCUCCUGGUGUUUUUAGCUGGUUCGGCACCACCGCCCCCCACGUCUUUCAGCAGAGACUACAUGAGACACGAGAGGCCCGUAGUGCGGAGGCCUCCACCCUGGAGUUACCAAUGUGAGGAGCUCCAGAGGCUCGAGGCCAGGGCAUGGGGUCUGGUAUGUAGAGAGGAAUGGGGGACUUUGGAAAGCCUGUGGGGGACAGAGAGGUUGAUGGACGCUCCACCGGGCACAGGACUCCUAGCUCUGAGAAUUCAGUCAGAUGGUGACGAAAAGUUUGGCAGGGAGACCAGAUUAACUUUGUUUGGAGCACUGCAGCACACUCGCACUUCGGACAUGGACAUAAGACUGGACCUGCCUCCCGUCCCCAGCAAUAUUGAUGUCACUGGGCUGGCAAUCAGGGUUCCUCCCUGUUUAGAUCAGUCUGAGGAUGAGGGUUUCCAGUCAGCCUCAAACCUGACCCCGGACUCCCAGUCAGAGCCCAGCCCCAUUCCAGACACUGAUAUGUGGGAGGCUCUCCGUACGUUUGAACCUGGUAGACGGCGCUGCUGGGAAUCUGUGGGCUGCCCACCAGGAAAAAGAGAAUCCUUCUACCUGACAGAGGGAGGCAGGGAGGCCUUUGACCAGCUCUAUCGGUUGUGGGAGGGGGAGAUUAGGAUAGUUGACACCAGCACACCCUCUCCUGUCCUCCCGCUGCCCCUGGACUCACAGACCCAGUUGGUAUUUGACCUCCUGAAUGCUCUGAUCGGAGUUGCAUCCACUACUUUCCCUCUGAACCAGAGUGUUCAGUUCGACGUCAGGCCUGGUGUGUGUGUGUCAGGAGCCUCUCCAGAGAGUGUGUCCCGUCUCUUGGGGGAGCUGGCCCAGUACGGCACCCACUACCUGAGGCUGAGCCGCUUCUCUCUGCAGAGUGCUGACAAGAAGGGCCUAGUCUUCCAGGCAUUCACGGGUGGUCUGAGGAAGUAUCUCCAUUACUACAGGGCUUGUGUUCUUAGCACUCCGCCCUCUCUCAGCCUGAUGACCAUCGGCUUCCUCUUCCGCAAAGUGGGACGCCAGCUCAGGUACCUGUCGGAGCUGUGCUGCGUGGACGGGCCUCUGGGCGCGGGCCAGUCCACCUUUCCCGUGGGCGUUAAACUGCUGUCCUACCUGUACAACGAGGCGCAGAGCAACUGCAGCAACGAGAACUACCCCGUCCUGCUGUCGCUGCUGAAGAGCAGCUGCGAGCCCUACACCCGGUUUGUCUCCGACUGGGUGUACAGCGGCGUGUUCCGAGACGUCUACGGAGAGUUCAUGAUCCAGGUCAACCAGGACUACCUCGGUUUCAGAGACAAAAACUUCUGGGUCCAAGGCUACACUCUGAUCUCAAAGGACGUGGAGGACUGCGUGCCGAGCUUCUUGAGACACAUGGCCAACGAUGUGUACGUCUGCGGGAAGACAAUCAACCUCCUGAAAAUAUGCUGCCCCCAGCACUACAUCUGUUGGUCGGAGCUGCCAGUACCCCGCAUAGCUGUCACCUUUUCCCUCCAGGAGGUGGAGGAGAUCGAGAAAGAAUGUGCCGUGUACCGCGGACGCAUGGAGAGGAUAGCCAAGCACAGCGCCAUCAGCAGGGAGGAGCAAUUAUAUUACAUGAUGUAUGAGUGCGGGGCUACCCUCAGGCUUCUGCUUGAUGUGAUCCAACACACUGGCAGGAGAGAUUGGCAGAAUAGGAGAGGAAAGGCCCUGCGAACAGAGCAGGCACGGCAGGAGCUGAUCAAUCAGGUCAGAGAGUCUGCUGCUAAAACCCUGGAGAGCAUCCGUGGGCGCCAGGUGUCACUGCGUCUGGCUGAGGAGGCCAAGAAAAGGGAGCGUUUUGAGGAACUAAAACAGCACCUGGAGCAGGAGCAAGAGUGGCGAAGUGCAGCCAAGAAAAAGCAGGAGGAGGAUGAUUUCAGCUUUGCCAGAGAGCUUAGAGACAGAGAAAAGCGACUACAAGCCCUGGAGGAGCAGCUGGAGCAGAGAGCCAGGAAGGAGCUGAUUGCUCAGUACAGCCAUCUGUCAGAGGAAGCGGCUCGCAGGGAGAGACGGGCCAUGUGGAGAGUGCAGCGAAUGAGACUCGACGAAGCCCGGGCUCAGUUCUUCAUGCUCGACAGGCAGAAAAUUCAGGCAAUCCUGGAGAGCUAUCCUUUGGGCCAGGACGGGCCUCCUGUGGAAUGUCCAGCAGUUUUCUCAGCACAGCAGACUGCACCCCAACAAGCUCUGGAAUUUCCCUCUCAGUCGGCAGAGACUGUGUUACUGCAGGAUGAUCUGACGAUGGCAGAUCCUGCUCUUAUCUCCGAUGACCUGGACAUCAAUGACUUUCUGCCCAAAUCGCCAAAACCUGACAGUCAGCAAGUGGAUAAAGCCCUAGAGGAGAUCGGGUCUGACCUACCUGCCGCCUGUCCUGCUGCACCGCUUAUAGAUUAUGACUUUAGUGCCCCCUUUAGUCCACUUGAGGGUAUCACUGGCCAGGCCCCCGUUCAGCCCAGGCCUCGCUGGGCUCCUGCAGUCCAGCCUGAGUCGAUGCAAAACAACAUACCUGCUGGAGAACACUUCCCUCAAGUCCAGGCGAGUGUCCCCAACGCAAGCGUCUCUGGAGAAAUGCUUACAUUCGGCUAUCCCGCUGGCCAGUGCACCGUACAGACGCCCCAACAGCCCUCAAUGACCAACACCGACACUGCAUCGGAAUCACCACAAAAUGCUGAAAGAGGAAUUCUAGAAAAAGAAAUGAAGGCAAAUAAAGAUAAACAUAAUCCUGUUCAGCCUAGAGAAGACGGAGUGGCUGGAGAGACACUAUCUCCCACACCUGAGGAAACUGGCAAAGAUCGUUCUCAUGGCAGAAUGGAGCCGGUGACGGCAAACACUCGAGACCACUGCUCAGACUCUCACGAUAAAGCUGAUGGAAAUACCUCUCUGCCAGACGCUCACAUCAAAGUCGGGGAAAAUGUGUCCGGAUUUGUCCCACGCGUCCCCUCGCCGAACAUCCACGGCCACGCCUCAGACGCCCACAUCAAGCUCGGGCAGUUCGUCUCGGACGUAGCGCCGCCUCUGCCCUCCCCCAGCGUCCACGGCCACAGCUCGGACGCUCACAUCAAAGUCGGGGAGAACGUCUCCGGCGUGGACUUCCCGUGUCCCGCCCCAAGCAUCCACGGUCACUCCUCUGACGCCAACAUCAAAGUGGGCGGGUUCGUGUCCAACGUCCCUGAGGUGAGGCCCCGCGGGAGUAAGCACGGGCACGCCUCCGACUGCGUCCUGCAGUCCGGCUGCGCGGUGUCCGGGGCCGAGCCGCUCCUGCCCCCUCUGCCCGGAAGCGCCCACGGCCACUCCUCGGACUCGGCCCUCAGACUCGGGUGCGUGGUUUCAGGAAAUGAACCCAAGCGCCCUGCUUUACCCGGCAGCGCCUACGGCCAUUCGUCAGACUCCAAUUUAGCAUUAGGGUGUGUGGUCUCCAAAGCCGAUCCACUCCCCUCGCCGUUACCCGGCAGCGCCUUUGGCCAUUCGUCGGACUCCAACUUAGCCUUCGGGUGUGUCGUCUCCAAAGCCGAUCCACUCCUGGCACCGCUCCCCGGCAGCGCCUACGGCCACUCGUCUGAUUCCACGCUGGGCGUGGGCUGUGUGGUGUUGGGGAUGGAGGCUCCAUCCUUGACUCUACCAGGCAGCACUUAUGGCCACUCGUCAGAUUCUUCACUUGCCGUCGGGUGUGUGGUGAGAGGGCUUCAACCCAAGAAAGAGGACGAGGUCAUCAAAGGCUCUAUGUCAGGUCAUUCCAGUGAGCAGCUGGUGGAGGGGAUGGGAUCCUGGACAUCUGGCCUCGGGGUGUCGCCAGGAGAGAAGUCUGAGGAGGAGUACCUCAUGGCUCUGUCUGCCCAGUACCAGGUGGAACACUACGAAGACUGUUACAAUCUAAUGGCUUCGUCUCCGGAGUGCCAGCUGCUGAAGCAGGUAACUCGGGGGCCCUGGGGCCUUCCCAUGGACCCCACGCACCGCAGAGCCACAGACACCACCACCGUCCAGCUCAGCGAGAUGGUGUCCCUGCCAGUGCUGAUAAAACACUCCGUCACCACGCCGCUCAGCACACACGUGUCUUUGGUAAAUAAAGCAGUGGUGGACUACUUCUUUGUGGAGCUAGGCGUGGAAGGACACUUUGAAGCCCUGCGCCACUUCCUGCUGAUGGAGGACGGCGAGUUUGCGCAGUCCCUCAGCGAUCUGCUCUUUGAAAAGAUGGGCAGCGGUCAGACCCCGGGCGAGCUGCUGACCCCCCUGGUGCUGAACUCCAUCCUGAGCAAGGCGCUCCAGUACAGCCUGCACGGGGACGGCGCCCUGGCCGCUAACUUCACCUUCGCGCUCCGCUUCCUCCCCGAGACCUUCCACCCGCACGCCCCGGACUCCCUCAACUGCCUGGAGCUGCGCUACAAGGUGGACUGGCCGCUGAACAUCAUCAUCACAGACAGCUGCAUGAACAAGUACAACCGGCUGUUUUCAUUCCUGCUGCAGCUCAAACACAUGGUGUGGAGCCUCCGGGAUGUCUGGUUUCAUCUCAAGAGGACAGCUCUGGUGAAAGGCGCCGGCCGCUCGGUGCAGUUCCGCCAGCUGCAGCUGUACAGACACGAGAUGCAGCAUUUUGUCAAAGUCAUUCAGGGCUACAUCGCCAACCAGAUCCUGCAAGUGUCCUGGAGCGAGUUCACAGCCAAGCUGGCCACUGCCAGUGACCUGGACGCCAUCCACCGCACUCACGCCGACUACCUCAACAGAGCCAUCUUCAGGGGCCUGCUAACUGAGAAAGCGGCUCCAGUCAUGAACAUCAUCCACAGCAUCUUCAGCCUGAUCCUGAAGUUUCGCGCCCAGCUCAUCGCACAGCCCUGGGACAGCCAUCAGGGGGAGGCGGUGCACCCCAGCUUCGUCGCCAUGCAGCAGUCCUACAACACCUUCAAGUAUUACUCACACUUCCUUUUUAAAGUGGUGACUAAGCUGGUGAACAGAGGCUAUCAGCCUCAUUUAGAAGAUUUUCUGCUUCGCAUCAACUUCAACAACUACUACAAAGACUCCUGA